AUAGUUUUAACAAUGCCGAGGGUUCUGAAAUUAACAGUUGUGUGUGAUGUUAACGUCGAUGUAGCCGACCAUGGAGUACCAAGUGAAUUCAAUUUUCAUUUUAGUGUUUUGCUUUAUUAUAGUAGAAACUAUCCCGUCCCCCGAGGAAGCGGGUCGAUAUGGAGCACAGCCACUCUCCAACUGGCCGAAAAAUGCAAAUCACACCCGACAACAUCAAAAUUAUCUACGACCUCAAAGCUUUUAUCCAACAGUGAAUAGUAAUCGACACAACAAUCAAGAUCAUCGUUCUUUUGAACGGAAUUAUGAUAACCGUCCGGGUACAGUGCAUGGCUCAGGUGAAAGGCGGCCAUUUUAUGAAGGCAUAAACAGUAGAAGAACGAAUAAUCAACCAUCUCCGUCUACAAAUACAAGUGGCACAAAUACCCGAGAGAAAUCGAUUGAUGGGGAACUGCCACCUUAUCGUCGGAGACGAUAUGAAUAUGAUGACAGAAAUAAUGGGAGACAUUCACCACAUAUUGAAAGACAACAGUCUGCCGAUAGACCUCAUCGUGCUCCGAGAGUGCCAUAUCAACGAUCUAUGUCUGAAAAUUUUGGUAGUCGAUACAAAGAUUUCACACAGCCUCAACGACAGAGUUAUUUUGAAAAACCUGGGCUAAAUAGACCCGCGUCUCCUGUCAACUUUAGAUAUCCAGCCCAAAAUCGCGUGUUGGAUCCAGUACCUGAAGAUUUGCCACGCAAUUCUCCGCCAGAAGUACCUGUUUCGACUCAUCACAGACUCGAAAUAAAUAAAAUGUUACUACAACCUAAAAUCCAAAAGUACUUAGAGUCAAAUCAUAAACGAUAUCUUGUAUUACAUAUGGAUGGAACAGUUGAACAUGUGGAUAGCUUGGAUUCGUUAGUUAAAAACUAUCCUAAUUAUGUCAUGGUUAAGGCAGGAGAUAUUAUAACAAAUCCGAAAAAUAGUUCUAUAGAGCUAAUAUCGACAACGCCCAGAGAAGAAGUUUUGUCUCCCAACAUACCUAAAGUUAUGCAACGAAUUGCCACAAAUCAAAAUGAAUUUGCUACAUAUGGAUAUAAUCCAAGAGUUCCGUAUGUUACAGAAAAGGCGUAUGCACAGCCGAUUAGCAGACCAGUGAAUAUUCCAAACGAAGAUGAUAGUAUUGUUCAACCUGCAAUCAUGACUACGCCUGUUUCAAGCGACACUGCAUUUUUUUCUGAAACAACCACUGAAUACGACUAUGAUCCUACGCAUUUAGUUGAAACCACAACGGAGUACGGAUCUCUAACAUCAUUGUUAGAAUCUACCUCAGAAUAUGAUGUAUCAAAGCCAUCUAUUACAACUACCGAACUUACGGUUUCCAUUCCAUUCAUAGAUAGAGCAGAAGAUGACGUCCCAUAUUCUGACUCUACUUCGGAAUUUGCGCCUUCUAGAAUUCUAAACACUGUUACUAUCAGAGAGGAAACAUACACAGAAAAGCCUUUAGAAAUUCUGCCGGAGAAUCCAAUUGUUGACGCUUCACUUGUGGUAACAAUGCAAAAUUAUUCAACUAUGGAACCGACUACAAUUAUUCGCAAUGAUGAAUAUUUACAUAAUGACAUUUUGACUAAUAAUACUUUUGCCCCUAAAAUAGAACCAAAAAAUGAUAUAAUACCUAUGCUGCGUGGCUUCUAUCCUUCAGCAUUUGGCAAAUUUUUAAGAUCACAUUUUGGACCAACUGAUCAUAUUAAUAAAUUAAACUCAGCACAUAAUGACCAAAAUGCAAGGCGCACUGGAGAAGCGGAAUCAGCGACUAAUCCAUUUAAUGCUACGGAUAUAUUAGAUGCUAUUACAGAGUUGACUAUAUCAUCUACUACAGAAAAAGCAGACGUCUCAUUUUAUGAUGACACAAAUACAACUAUUGCUGUUUUAGAAGAUUCAAUUUAUACUACAUUAGGAGAAACAUCUAGUAAAUUUUACGACCAUCAAACCAUGUAUUCAGAGACACCUUCUACAAGUGAAAAUGAAGGAGAUACAAGUACUUUAAAUCCAUUUAUUAAAAAAAAUGAUAACCAAACAUAUCGUUUGAAACAUAAAAUCAAAGGCCGUCGAAACCAGACACAUAGAAAAACUACUGAAAGUCCGAUUAACCUAGUGGAAAACGAUGAUUAUACUACAUUAAAACUGCACACUACACCCAAAGAUAUUGUAAACCCAUUCUUCCCAUUUAACGAGCCGCAUAAUGAGACCGUAUUUGUGGAUGAAUCAACAUCUGCGACAGAAACCGACACACAUGAUGACCUGAAUCCAUUUUUGGAGAAUCAAAAUAAAGACGAUACGAAUCCUUUCUUUGUAAGUACUACGACACAACAUCCAAAGCAACGCAGAAGAAUUAGAAACAAAAAAAGAUUAAAAUCAAUGGCUAAAAAUUAUAAUGGAACCAAUCCAUUCAUAGCGAAUCUUACAGUUGAUAGUGUGAUUCCUACUGAAAGAAUACCCGAUAAGUUUGCUGAUUCAUGGAAUGAAGGUGUAUCAAAUCCCUUUAUGGAUACAAAUCCCUUUGCUGAAGAUCUUCAUAAUCCAUUUAUUUCCAACGUAAGCGAAGCUCCGAAUCCAUUCACAGAAUAUGAUAAUAUUACGUUAUCACCAAAUGAGACUACGGUAAAUAAUAAUAAUCCAAUAGUGCUUCAGGAAACAGAAAACGUUUAUGCAACUGAUAUCGCAACUAUGCCCUUUUUGCCAACUGAAAAGAGUAGUUUCGAAUUAACUACAAAAGCAAUUUCAGAUUAUACGGUUUCCGAAGAUUUUGACGAAGUUCCUACAACUACAGAAGAAGUACUACUCUUAACCACAACAGAGAAGCCGACAGUGUGGUUUAAGAUGGACGGGGAUCUCUGGGAGAAACUGUCAAAUGGAAGUGUGCCGUACGACGUCGUGUACUUCUUCCAACUACAAGCAAAACCAUUAGUGGAGAAAGAUGCUAAAACUACAAUAUUUCCUAAUGGAACAAUUGUUCAGGAGUUUAUUGAGACUGUUUGGGAGCGCGAAGGAGAUCCGGCCCCAUUAUUGGUAAAGUCAACUAAGACAGUCUUCCCUGAUGAGGGCGCAUGAAUAUUGAUAUUGUUUACAAUAAAUUGUACAUUGUAGGUACAAUACAUACAUAUAUAGUAUCACGCCUCUAUCCCAUAGGGGUAGGCAGUGACUAUGGACUGCCACUUUGCACGAUUCUGGUAUACUUCUCGCGCUUCCUCCACCUUCAUUAAUCUUUUCAUGCAUUCCCGCCGG